AUGGGGAAGCGAGUAGAUUACUCAGGGAGAACAGUCAUUUCGCCAGACCCAAAUGUGGAAGUGGAUGAAAUUGUGAUACCGGAACAUGUCGCGAAGAAGAUCACUUAUCCGGGAAGAGUAACGGAUCGGAAUAUUGCGGAAUUGCGUAAAACCAUUGUAAAUGGAGUCGAAAAACAUCCGGGAGCGUUCAUGGUCGAAAAAGUGGGCGCAGGGAAUUUUCCACUGGUACUUAUUUUUUGCUAAAAAUGUUGUUUAGAAGCUGCAGCACCAGUAUCUGCUAAUCGUGAACACUUCAUAACAGUUGUAUUGUUGAGCAGUACUCAUAGUUAGUAAUACGAGCAGUAUCUAGAUCUACAUCUACCUCUACUCAUUAUGGUAGUACCACUCCGUUCUCGACCUGGUGGUGCGUCCACGUCAAUUGUCGAUCCUUUGAUGCUGCUUUCGCAGUUUUUCAAUUUCUUUACAUUUGAUUGAAUCAAAAAAGGUCGAUUCACAAUCACGACGAGACUUCGUCAACCCCUGCUACAACGAUCUGGCUGCAACUCCUGCAACAACUACUGCUACUCGCUGCAACCAAAUUGGCCGCUUUAAAAGAAUAAAAC